GUUUUGGACUCCAGUCCUCAAGUGCUGCUGUCCUACAUGUUUUAAGCAUUUCCCUGCAUCCAGACACCUGAUACAAAUGACUGUUGUCAUUAACAGACUUGAAAUUCUGAAAUAUUUUACCCCUCUGUCCUCCACCCCGUUCAACCACAGGAACCCAGCAGAAUCCUGAGUUGGUUCUGGUGAAUCAGGCGAUGAACUGGGCCGACGCUCAGAGUUACUGCAGGGACAACUUCAUGGACCUGGCCACCGCGAGGAGCGACGCAGAGAACCAGAAGAUCCAAAACCGGGUGCCUCUUGGAAAUUGGGCUUGGAUUGGUCUGUUUAGAGAUCCAGACUUCUACUGGUCUGAUGGAAGCAGCUUCAUCUUUGAAAACUGGGACGGUGGUCUCAAUCGGCUCUACUCCAUGAGAUUCAUUUGUGGCAUUUCAAGCCUAUCAGGAAGAUGGAAGUUUGUAGCCUGUGAGACAAGAAUACCAUUUGUCUGCUACAGUUAUCCCAAAAAAAGACAGGUGGUGAAGCUGAGACUGAAAGUGGAGGGCUCUGUGGACCUGAAGGACCCUAAUGUGAAAGCAGACCUCCUUAAAAAGGCAAGUGUUUCUAAGAAGCAUUCAUGACAAUAAAACAACCAACUAGAUCCAUGUUUGUGUUUUGAAAGCGUGUCCUGUUUGUGUCUCCCAGCUCCAGGACAGGCUGCAGGAGAAUGGAGUUGGUGGAGUCACCCUGAAGUGGAGAGAGCAGCCUGAUGGAGAGGUCUUCCACAAGGAAAAGAAAAGAGAGAAGAACGAGUUGUGAAAUAGAAGCCCAGCUUCAAUUGUCUGUGAUGGAGGUUUACUUCAUGUUAAAAUAAUUGAACAUAAAGUAAUCUCAUAUUUACUCCAAUUGCCUUUACAUAUAAACUGCU